AUGGCCAUGGCUCGCUCUGCUUUCGUCUUGUUCAUGACCGUGGCUCUCGUCGCCGGCUCGGCUCUGGCUCAGCAGCAGCAGCAGCAGCAGCAGCAGCAACAGCAGAACCAGAACCAGGGUCAGGCUCCAACCCAGGCUAAGAACCAGGGUCAGGCUCCCUCUGCCACCCCAACCUCCUCUACCACCCAACCACCAACCUCCGCCAACGCCCAGUCACCAACCGCCAAGGCCCCAACCGCCACCCCACCAGCCUCCACCCCACCCCCAGCUGCCAAGACCCCAACCGCCACCCCCGCGGCCACUCCCUCGGCUUCCACCCAGGCGCCUCAGGCCUCAUCUCCUUCCUCCGCUCCAACCACCUCAUCCUCCGCCCCGACCACCUCCUCCUCCGCCCCGACCACCUCCUCUUCCGCCCCGACCACAUCGACCUCCGCCCCCACCACCUCGACCUCCGCCCCCACCACCUCGACCUCCGCUCCAUCCUCCGACUCUCCAUCCGGAGGCUCUCCCCCGGCACCACCCACUUCCUCGACACCGGCUUCCAGUCCGGCCACCGCCCCGGCCGGCGCGGCUACCACUCCGGCUGAGGCCCCCGCAUCGCCCUCUGGAGCAGUCAUGAACAGAGUCUACGCUGCCGGAUCUGUGGCCGCGGCCGUCAUUGCGACGUCGUUUUUGGUCUAG